UGGUUUGAAUACGCUCCAGAGAAACACUUUUUGACAGCUUAAAUAUAUUUAAAGCAGUCCGCUGGAACAUUUACAAUGAACUCAACCUACAAUCAAGAAACCACACCCAGUGAUGGAUGGUGCCUGGAGAAGAUUUAAAUGGUAGAUUCUGCCACUCUGCAAUGAGAUCACUUGCAAAAUAACAUUGUCCUGAAUCAUCCCAAUGAGCCCAAGAUGCAUUUCAGUGAAAGACCAACAAGAUGCAGGAAGGCCUUAACAGAGUCAUGGCAGCUGUAAAAUACAUACUUGUUUAAGGUCGAACCAAAGAGGAACAUGACAGGAACCAAAGAGGAACAUGACAGAAACCAGUGCAAUGCUGAGAAGGUCCUGACAGCUCAACACCAGGAAGAGCAGAGUCAGUUCCAAUUGUGGUCAGCUUUGGACAUUUCACAUUGGAUUGGAAAAAGCCAGAUCCACAGAAGAUCUCUUCCAUAAAGGAGUUGGAGCCAUUGAAGAAACACACAGAACACCUCCUGCAAGAAGCAGGGCGGACCAGCCGUUUAUACCGAACGUCCUAAGCCGUCGACCGAAGGUUUCCUCCCGUCGCCGUCGUGUUUGUGGAGCGUGCAUCUGCCGGGGCAUAAUAUUAAUGGGGCAGCAGGUGGGGUCCCCAACCGUCGGUCAGUACGUGGCCGCCUGAUCACAUGCAUUGUACAGAGAGGGGGGGGUCCAUGCCUCCGCCACACACCACACAACGGACACCAGCACUGAUCAGUUGGAGCCCACUCCUCCAGCCGGGGAGCGGGCGGAGGGUGGCGAGGGGGACGGGUCUCUCUUCUAUAGGGAGUUGUGGUUCGUCGUGUUGAUGACUGGGGUAGCCCUAGUCCUUUUAGCUAUUGCCCUGGGGGUCAUCCUGCACAAGGCCCUGAACAGACCCCCCUUUACCAGAGAGCGCCCCCCUCUGGUGGCCCUCCCCCUGCAGAAGAGGAGCCCGAUGGCUGUGUACCCGACCAGUGACCCUUACCUGUUUGACACGGUGCCUGACACGGCAAGCUCCUCCAACAGCGUCACUCUCAAAGGGUUCACCAUGCACCUGGAGGGAGUCACGGACCGUAAGUUUGGGCCCGGCGCCGACGCUCCUCUGGAGGGAGAGCCGGGAAUCCUUAACGUGUCCAGCCUCCACGUCUCCGCUAUCCAUGGAUCUGCCCAUUCCCAAAAUGCCCUGCGGCGCAGCGUGAGCCAGAUGAUGGACAGGAAGUCGGUGAGAGAGGACGACGACGUGUGGGAGUCUCAUGUUAGAGGCCACGACAGUGGGAUGUUUAUGGACGACGAGGAGUUUGUUGACACCAUCAAAGGCUUCAGCACGGUACGAAAGGAACACACCAUGUUUACCGACACUAACCUGUGACGUGCGGCGACCUUCGAACUUCCCCACUCAAGCCUCUGCUUGUGUGAGCUCAGUGGUCAACUAAAGAGGGUAACCCUGACUGAGGGUGGUCAGACGAGUAAACCAAUCAAGACUUAGCCAUCAGACUGUAUUGCUGGAGUUAUAUAGUAAAAAGAAAGCCUGGCAAAUAUGCCUCAAAUGAAGAUUGUCAACAAAAAACAUACUUCUAAGGAGGUAGAAAGCUGAUGGAGCAGAGUGGUUUCAUUUAGAGAAUAACAUUUCCUUGUUUUAAGUAGAAAUGUUCAGGCAUCCAUGUAUGUUGAAAAUGUUCCUUGGUUUGCGUUCAUCUACAUCGGUCUAAUGUACAGCGUUUUCUAUUUUAUAUAAACUUGUAUUUUUACUUGCACUAAAUGCAAGACAGAUU